GAGCACUCCAGAACGUCAAGUCCUAACUGGCAGACCGGUACAAAAGUCAGUGAAGUCGUUCAGUCUUCAGUACACAUACCCCAAAUGUCUUAAACCAAAGGUUAUUUCAGAUAUGGAUCCGGCACAAAACACAAUUGAAGACAUAAUGCUGAGAAUCUGUCACCUUGAAAAUGUUGGAAACACCAAAGGAGUUUGUCUCUACACAGUAGAUGGGAUGCCCUUGACAGACGAUCCCUUCUUCAACACAUGGUCUUUGAAAGAAAGACACAUUGAAAAUGGAGCUGUAAUUUAUGCUAUUUUUACUCCGAGGGAAAACUUGACAGAGGCUCCAAAAAUGCUAAGACAAGAGUCUGGCAAGACCUCUGGGACAGAUGUCAUUCGAUGUCACAUCAUGCUCAAGGGAAACUUUGAGAUUAUGGUGAAUUUGGAAACUGACACAAUCGCAACUCUAAAAGUGAUCCUGUCAAAUGCAAGUGGAAUACCAGCACAUGUCCUCCAUCCCAGAGGUAUUCAUUCUGGUGCUGUUACACUCCAAAAGUGUGGAAUCUCUGAUGGGUCAACUAUUGCCUUCGCUCUGUCCUCGUUUACUGAAGAGACUCCCCUUGAAACUUUCUACAUCAAUGAUGUCGUGCCUUCAGUCCAACAAAGCCAGAAAGGAAUCAGUGUGUUCCUGUCUUCUCUUUAUGCUGUUGCGAAAGACCUUUCUGAAAUAAUCCGGAACAAACUGAUCGCAUACAUACGAAAAUUGACGGGAUGUAACCCCCUCACCCAAAGUUUGCAUCAGUUACUCUGCAGGAAUGAAAGGAUGACCAGGAACCAGAAGAUUGCAGUUGUUGAGGGCUUAUACAUGCUCUUCAGGGAGUUAUUGCCCCAGCAAGCAACACAGCGAGGGAAAAAAAUCAUAGAGGACCAGGAUGUCUUUGAAAAUUCAUUGUACUGCUGGGCACAUCUCCUUUCAAAAAUUGAGAAACAAGCAUCAAACCAUGAAGUCUAUGCUCCCAUCUCUCUCGUGUCCAAAGAUGGUGACCAUUUCUGCGAACCUGUCAGAGUACCUGGAGUACCAGAUGUCUUUGAAAGGGCGUACGUCCUUCAGAAAAUCAAAGAUGGAGAGAAAAUUCCAAAUUGCACCGAAGAGCCUUUACAAGAAUUCUCACUACAGAGAGCCACUGACAUUGAGAAAAUCCUGCUCAGCAUUCCUCGAUUUGUCCGAACGUAUCCUCUGUGGAGUCACCACGACAAGACAUCUGGUCAGAACUUUCAGGUGAAUAUUCAGUGGACUUUUGGCAGCAUGGUGGAACGUUUGAAGUCUUUCCCUCGCCUUAAUGUGACCCCACCUCUACAUCUGAAGGACCUGGGACAUUAUCAGAGCUGCCUUGUUCUACUUAGUGAAGAUAAUCUGGGCAUUUAUUUGCAUAAAAACAAAGGAGCAGCUGAUAUGAUCGAAGUGCACAAUUGUCUGGAUGGAAAAGUAAAAACGAUGGAUUUAAACUUGCUAGCAGCCAACACUGGCGACCACAGAGACGACCAGUCAUUUGUUACAACCAGGACUCCAGAAGAGGCAAUACUGGUACUGAUCGAUACAAGCUCCUCGAUGGAAGAGGAGUGCUACGAAAAUGCAGAAAUAAAGAAAAUCAAUGCUGUCAAAGAGCUCUUUGACAACUUUGCCACGAGGAGCAUGGCGUAUGAUUUCCAUCACGUCAUUGGUCUUGUAAAGUUUGACUCCAUGGUGAAAAUCCUCCACACAUUCACAGAAAAUCUGGAGAAGUUCAAGUUCCACACACGUAACCUUGAGGCGAGCGGAUGUACUCUGCUGUACGACGCGCUACGACGUGCAGCUUCAGAGCUGGAAAAGAUCAAGGCGAGCUUCCCAGAUUGUAGACUCCGCGUCCUGUGCCUCACAGAUGGCAAUGAUUCUGGGUCCUUUAUGGACCCAGUUGCUGUGACAGCCAAGCUGCUGAAAUCAAACGUCACUGUGGAUUCAAUCCUUCUUGGAAAUGUGGAAAACAACAUGCUCCAUGGAAUCAGCAAUGCAACAGGUGGCUGCUGUUUCAAACCACAGACAGUCAAAGAUGGUCUGAAACUCUUUGAGAUCGAGACAGUUCUUUCUCUGGAACAGAGGAAGCCCAAGAAAAAACUUGACCCUUCUUCCAUCACUGAGGGAAUACUUAAAAGCAUGUUUACUACUCGGGGCUAUGAUGAAUAUCCAGAGACAUCCUUGCCAAGCCAGAUAAACAGCAAAGUGACGGUGACAGAAAGUGCUCUGAAAAAGAAGAUUCGGGAGGCAAAGGAUGGUCGUUUCAUGGAGAAGGACAAACGUAUCGUGGAGGAGCUCAAGUGCCUGCAUUGUGACCCUCAUCCUUUCUUUAGAGUCUAUCCAUCAGAGUCAGACUUAACGUUCUGGAGGAUUCUCAUGCAAGGACCUCCUGACACACCAUAUGAGAAAGGAGUGUUUGAGCUGUACUGCCAGUUUGGUCCUGAAUACCCAGUGAAGCCUCCGCUCGUUCGCUUUGUCACACGUGUGUACCACUGCAAUGUCAACAGUGUUGGCCGCAUCUGCCACAACAUAUUUGAUCGCAGCUACAACGCCCACGUCACCAUGAGGGACAUAUUUGAUGCUGUGUAUGGACUCCUCAUCAUCCCUGAGCCUGAUGACCCACUGGACAGCAUUUUAGCUGAGGAAUUCCUGACAAGCCGCGAGACGUACGAACGAGAAGCCAGAAAGCACACAAGAGAACAUGCUGGAAAGUCAAUGGAUAGCAUGGAGGAGAAACUGGUUGAUCCUGUGCCAGAGUUUCUACCACAACAUCUGAUUUGUCCUCUAACCAAGAAGAUGUUUGUUGAUCCUGUGAAAACAGUAUAUGGUACUGUGUAUGAACGGAAAGCCAUUGAGGAACACCUCAAACAACACCGGUAUGAUCCGAUGGCUGGCCCAGGAAAUGAGCUUUAUGCGAGUGACAUGAUGGCGGACAGGGACAUGAAGAAAAUGGUGAUGGAUCAUCGAGCUCGCCAAAUUCAGUGAAUGUGGGAGGGAACAGACUGGCUGAAGAUUAGCUAGACUUCUAUAGGGGUUUCUUUUUUUCUUUUUCUCUCAGCUUGUUGGUGCUGUGGCGUUUCUAUCACACAAGUUCUAAACAAGUUACCAAGUUAGUGAAGUCUCAGGUC